GGGUGCCCAGGUGGGAACUUAGAGAGGGGUCCUGGGAAGGAGUGCCGGGGACGGGUGUAAGAGAGGGGUGCAGGGGAGGGGUGCUGGGGAGGAGUGCUAGGGAGGGGUGCUGGGGAGUGGUGUAAGGGAGGGGUGCUGGGCAGGAUUGCAGGGGAAGGGUCCUAGGGGGGGGAUGCCAGCAGGGCCCACCUCGGGGAUCCUGGGCUGGUUCCCAGGCUCCUGGUGGACUUCCUCCAAGAGAGACAUGCAGGUACCAGUCAAGGGCACUCAGUGACCGAAUUUAACUCCUGGGGGGUUUUCCCUUUCCUGACUGACUUGGUGCUUACACUUGGUGCAUUGCACAACUCCUCAGCACAGGAGGCCAGCCCCACCCUUCCCUUCCGGUGUGGCUCACCUCUCCACCCCCACCUCUCCUUUGAGUUCAGGGGACUGGAGGAGGAGGGAGUGGAGGAGGCUCCCCCUGGGGCAGGCUUUUCAAGAACCAAAACUCUUCAAGAAAGGCAAAGCCAGCAAGGAUGAAAACCUUCUGACCACAAGGGCGGCCGCAGCACCCGGCUGUCGAGCCAGAUGGGUGAGCCCUCCCCACCAGCACUGCCACCAAGGACCCCGGGAAGCCCGCAAGGCAGGGGACUGGCCUGCUGCCCCGGAAGGGGACCCAGGUCUUGCCAAGAAGGGCCCUGCUGUGCAUUUCCUUUGGCGUCCUUGCGGGCAGACAUUUCCUGGCGACAGGCGGGGCCGCUCCCCGCAGGGCUCUCAGCAGCACCCCAAGCACGCUGACGCCCUGUAUCUGCCGUGUCGUCUCGGCCCCUGGAGAGCAGCUGGCCUGGGCUUGUGGGAACCUGUCCGUCUGGGAGGAGCAGGGGCGGUUCAGAGAGUUCCUCCUUCAGCCUCACAAGAUCCUGCUUAGGGUGUUAAACUCAGGCGGGGCAACAGAGGCCCAGGAGGCGCCUCCCAUCCCUGCUCCGGGUCACCUGGGUAGACGUCUGUCCCAGCAGUGGACAAACCCCUUGCUCACUCAUUCAUUCAAGUCACUCAUUCAUUCAAGUGCCAUUUCCUGAGAACCUGCUGUGUGCCCCGCACCGUGCUAGGCCCCGAAGGGACUGCAGUGAACCAGGCCACCACGGCAGGGAGUCCUUGGGGACACCCUGCAGGGGACCCACACACAACACCCCACCCACGUGGGGCAUCAGGACAGCUUCCCAAAGGAGAUGGCGUCUGAGAAAGAUCUGGAGGUUGAAUAGACGUUGGACAGGUGGAGAGGGGGGAAGAGUGUUCCUGACAGAGGGAACAGCAUGUGCAGAGGCCCUGGGGUUUCCAGCUGGGUGAAUGUCGACGCCACUGACGUGGAUGGCGAGCCCCAGAGACGAGGAGGAUUCUCCAGGGAGGGAGGAGAGGAUGGGCGCUCAGAGGCCAACAGGCCUGCCUCCGAGCCCCCACGCACCCCCCCACUCCCUCCUACUCUCCCGCCCUCACUCCCCCUACUCCCUGUCCUGCCGCCCUCACUCCCCUCUGCUUGGAGGAGGCCUGAGACCUGAGCCUCGGAGCGAACAUUCCCACUGCCCUUGAGCACUUGCACCAGGCAGAGGACCCUCGGAUGGCCUGGGCACCUCCUCUGGCCACUGGCCUGUCCAGCCAAGGUCACUUCUGACCAGCUCACGUGCCCCUCACUGAACAGAGGCGUUGUUGGUGGAUGUCUGCUCGGGUCUCCGCCCCUCCCUCUGCCUUGGACCCCUCUCUCAGGGGGUCUCCGCGGCCCUGGAGCCUCCAGCCGGGGCUCCAUCGUAGGUGCACUCAGUUCUCUCUCGGCCCCUCUCUCCCUCUCCCAGACCUUGAGCAGAAGAUCCUGCAGGUGCUGAGGGACGCCGGCUCCCCUGUGAAAGCGAUCAAGCUGGCCAAGGAAUGUGGAGUGUCCAAGAAGACACUCAACCGAGUCCUCUACCGGAUGAAGACAGAGCUCAAAGUCGACCUCGAAGGCCUGGCGACGUGGCGCCUGGGCAAGGGCGAGACUGGAGGAGCGAUCCUCACAGAGCAGGCCCAGCCCAGCCGGGCAGAAAGACCCCCGCAGAAAGCGGCUGCAACUCCAGAGAACCCUGCCUCUCAGCUCGGUGAACGGCGUCUGCAGGAAAUGAUCUACAACUUUCUGAAAGCCCAUGGGCCCCAUAAGGCCUUGACCAUCAUGAAAGCCCUGGGAUUAGAGACAAAAAAAGAAGUCAACCACAACUUGUAUGACAUGGAGCACAAACACCUCCUGCACCAUGACACGAAUUUAGAUGUGUGGGCAGUUUAUCGACCAGAAGAUUCUGGAAGAAGAAAUCAGCCCACCACAGUUAUUUACCAGCAAAAUCCCGUCACCAUGAUCUGUCAGAAUGGACCAAACAGCCAAAUUUCCAUCCAGAAUUCUGAAGGCAUCCAGAUUGGACAUGGGAAUGCCAUGGUGAAACAAAUGGCCUCUGGGGAGAACGGUUCCACGGCUCCCCUCCACCUCCCACCAACAGCACCAGCUGAUCCCUCAGCUCAGGGUCUCCCGGCUGGAGCCUGGGGCCCCCAGGACAUCCACCUGGAGAAGUCUGUGCUCAGACGGGUGCAAAUGGGACACGGCAACGAGAUGAACUCUGCCAGCGCCCCGGCUGAGGGACCUGCCCACAGCCCCUUCGGCAGCCACCCAGUCUCUGCCACCUCUGCCGGCCCAGAAACUGUGUUCGAAACGCAAAUGCCCGAACCAGGCCCCCAUCCCAGGGGGGACGUGGUCCAGAGAGUCCAUAUCAGUUCGUGCUUCCUUGAGGACACCACCAUCGGCAACAACAACAGGAUGACUGCCAGCCCAGGUGCGGCAGGUCCAGGAGGAGUCACAGGACCUGGGGACAGCAGGUGGGGCCCUGGGGAGCCUGGAGAGGACACAGAUCCUGCGCCCUCUGGAGGUGAGCGCCCUGGUGACGCAGGUCGUGCCGCCCCUGUCAGCUUUUCCACGCUCAUCUGCCAGCUAGAAGCUGCGGCUCUUGAAAGCAGGGGUCCCGAAACCGAAACCAAAACCAAAACCAAAACUGAAGAAGACGACUGCUGAGUGGGGAGCCCUGGGCGGGUCCGGGGAGGUGGGCCCGGAACAGA